GUGGAGAGCCACAGCAGCCGGGGCAGCGGCGCGCACGGGGCUCGGGCAGGCGGGCUCAGGUCCCGGCCCCUAGGGGCUGGGGGUUCGAGGCUCCGAGAGCCAGCCAGCGACGCCCGGGGCGGCUUCCCUCCUGCAGCUCAGAAACGCUUCCACUUUCAGUUGUGCAAGAAAAACCAGGAAGUGCAGCCCGGGAGCCCCGGCACGUUAGCAAGCCUGACCAUGGCGUGACUGGGCGCAGCUCAGAGCAGGGGGGGACCCCGAGCCAGGCUGUCUGCCUCCAUGGACUCUCCCAAGAAGCCACGCCGUCCCCGGAGGAACUGGGGGUGAGGACACACGCACAGACGAACAGGCUCGUGUGCCGGGAAGAGCUCAGAGCCAGGAAGCUCCUUUCCCUGGAAGCACCGAGGCAGGCGGUUGGCCCCUCGCAGGGUCUGAAUUUCUGGUUGCUAUUUCCAAAGAUGCUUUUUAUUUUUAACUUCUUGUUUUCCCCACUUCCAACCCCGGCCCUGGUCUGCCUCCUGACGUUUGGGACUGCCAUCUUCCUGUGGCUGAUCAACAGACCUCAGCCAGUCCUACCUCCCAUUAACCUGGACCAGCAGUCAGUGGGAAUUGAGGGAGGAGCACGGAAGGGGGCUUCCCAGAAGGACGACAACUUAAUGCGUUGUUACUACUCAGAUGUCAAGACAGUAUAUGACAUUUUCCAAAGAGGACUUGCUGUGUCUGAUAAUGGACCCUGCUUGGGAUACAGAAAACCAAACCAGCCCUACAAAUGGAUGUCCUACAAACAGGUGUCUGAUCGAGCAGAGUACCUUGGCUCCUGUCUGUUGCACAAAGGAUAUAAGCCAUCACCAGACCAGUUUGUUGGCAUCUUUGCUCAAAAUAGGCCAGAGUGGGUCAUCUCUGAGUUGGCUUGUUACACAUAUUCCAUGGUAGCUGUCCCCCUGUAUGACACCUUGGGAACAGAAGCCAUCAUACAUAUUGUCAACAAGGCUGAUAUCCCCACAGUCAUCUGUGAUGUACCCCAGAAGGCAUCGAUGCUCAUAGAUAACGUGGAAAAGGGCUAUACCCCUGGCCUAAAGAUGGUCAUCCUCAUGGACCCAUUUGAUGACGAGCUGAAGCAAAGAGGAGACAAGUGUGGGGUUGAGAUCUUAUCCCUGUUUGAGGCUGAGAAUCUAGGCAAAGAGAACUUCAAAAAACCUGUGCCUCCAAACCCAGAAGACCUGAGCAUCAUCUGUUUUACAAGUGGAACCACAGGUGACCCCAAAGGAGCCAUGAUAACCCACGAAAAUAUUGUUGCAAACACUUCUGCUUUUCUCAGAUGUCUAGAGAAUAGUUACUUUCCCAGCCCUGAAGAUGUGACAAUUUCCUACCUCCCCCUGGCCCAUAUGUUUGAGAGGGUUGUAGAGGCUGUCCUGUUCUCCUGUGGAGGCAGAGUUGGGUUCUUCCAAGGAGAUAUCCGGUUGCUUCCUGAUGACAUGAAGGCUCUGAAGCCCACAGUGUUUCCCACGGUGCCUCGACUCCUUAACAGGGUCUAUGAUAAGGUACACAAUGAAGCCAAGACCCCCCUGAAGAAGUUCUUGUUGAACCUGGCUAUCAUGAGUAAAUUUAAUGAAGUGAAGAAUGGCAUCAUCAGACGCGACAGUCUGUGGGACAAGUUCAUCUUCUCGAAGAUCCAGGACAGCCUGGGUGGACAAGUCCGCCUGAUGAUCACUGGGGCUGCCCCCAUCUCCACUCCAGUCUUGACAUUCCUCCGGGCAGCAAUGGGAUGUCUGGUGUUUGAAGCUUACGGUCAAACAGAAUGCACAGCUGGGUGUACAUUUACAUCACCUGGGGACUGGACAUCAGGCCAUGUUGGAGCCCCUGUGUCUUGCAAUUUUGUGAAGCUGGAAGAUGUGCCUGAAAUGAACUACUUUUCAGUAAAUAAUGAAGGAGAGAUCUGCAUCAAGGGCACCAAUGUGUUCAAAGGAUACCUAAAGGAUCCUGAUAAGACACAGGAAGCCCUGGACAAGGAUGGCUGGCUUCACACUGGAGACAUUGGUCGCUGGCUUCCAAAUGGGACACUGAAGAUCAUUGACCGGAAGAAGAACAUUUUCAAGCUGGCACAAGGAGAGUACAUUGCUCCAGAGAAGAUAGAAAACAUUUAUCAGAGGAGUAGACUGGUGUCACAAAUUUUUGUACAUGGGGAGAGCUUACGGUCAUCCUUAGUUGGAGUGGUGGUUCCUGACCCAGAUGUACUUCCAUCAUUUGCAGCCAAGCAUGGGAUUAAGGGAACCUUUAAAGAACUGUGUGAAAACCAAACUGUCAGGGAAGCCAUUUUAGAAGACAUUCAGAAAAUCGGGAAAGAAGGUGGCCUCAAGUCCUUUGAACAGGUCAAAACCAUCUUUGUUCACCCAGAGCCCUUUUCCAUUGAAAAUGGGCUCCUGACGCCAACAUUGAAAUCAAAACGAGUGGAGCUCGCCAAGUUCUUUAAGGCCCAAAUCGACAGCUUGUAUGAGACAAUCCAGGAGUAGGUUAAGUUUGCUGAGCUGGAAGCAGUGGGAAGGAACUGAAAUGUAUGUCGAGUGAACUUUUCCAGUAAAUGAAGCACUGAGUAAUAAACUGUCCUGCACUGGGAACAGAGAUCUACAGGCAAACAUGAUGCCUGCAUAGCAGGCUUAUCUUCUGUGAAGGAACCUACUGAUUUUUUCUCCCCGGACUCGUUUCUACUGUAACUAAUACCCAGAGAGCAAGUGGUACCCCUACUUGUAAAUGAAAAAUCUUAAAUAAACUAUUGUCAAAUACA